GGGACUAUUUAACACCGAGGAAAGUCAAGUUUGAUUUUUGAAGUGAUACUUCAAAGCUGGAACUUGGUCGUUUGGUUUUUAUCUUGAGUUUGUGGAACAUUUUGGAAGAUAAUUCAACUUCCAGUGUCCAGAUUUAAAAGUUCUUUUCGGGCACCACAUCUGAUCUCCAUCCCACCAUGGACGGGGAGGAUGACAAACAAUCGGUGGACAUCCAUGACAAUCCUCCACAGCCUGAUAACUUUGUGAAGGAAGAUGGAGGGGAGACGGUGUACUUCAUCUAUGAGGAGGAGGUGGAGGUGGAGGAGAAGGAGCCCGAGCCGCCUGAGCCUGUUUUGAUGGUCAACGAUAAACCGCACAAGUUUAAGGACCACUACUGCAAGAAGCCCAAGUUCUGUGACGUGUGUGCCCGGAUGAUCGUCUUGAAUAACAAAUUUGCCCUGAGGUGUAAAAACUGCAAGACCAACAUCCACCACGCGUGCCAGUCCUACGUCGAGUUUCAGAGGUGUUUCGGAAAAAUCCCUCCAGGAUUCCGAAGGGCGUACAGCUCCCCCCUGUACAGCAGCGACAUCCCCGACCCCAACAACGUGAACAGAAAUGACCCGGUGUUCGACACGCUGAGAGUGGGAGUCAUCAUGGCCAACAAGGAGCGCAAGAAGGGAGAGAAUGACAAGAAGAAUAUUAUGAUGAUGGAAGAGGAAGAGGAGGAAAACCAGCAGCCCAAAGAGAAUGAAGAAGGAGGAGAAGGAAAACCAGACGACAAAAAGGAGAAAGGAGGAGACAAAGCCGAUGAUAAGACCAAGGCGUUCUCUCAGUCGCACUAUUACCUGGCUCUGUAUCGCUUUAAGGCCAUCGAGAAGGACGACCUCGACUUCCACCCUGGAGACCGGAUCACUGUGCUGGACGACUCCAACGAGGAGUGGUGGAGGGGUAAAAUGGGGGAUAAGACUGGAUACUUCCCCACAAACUAUCUGAUCAAAGUCAAAGCCUCAGAGAGAGUUUAUAAAGUCACACGCUCGUUUGUGGGGAACAGAGAGAUGGGCCAGAUCACACUCAAGAAGGACCAGAUCGUGGUGAAGAAAGGCGACGAGAAGGGCGGCUACCUCAAGGUCAGCACCGGGAGAAAACUUGGAUACUUCCCGGCCGAUCUGCUCCAGGAAAUCACUGUCACAUAGAAAUACACAAAAAUGUUUUAUUUACACUAGUGAUUGUUGGUUUUAGACGUACA